CCUCCAUAGAAUGAGCAUUCUGUAGCGUAACAAUUUUUUAUACUUUAAUUAUAAUAAUUGAUUACCAUAAUGUUAAUUCUAUUAUUAAUACUUUAUAUUAUUAGCGCACAAAAAGGUGUGCUAAUAUAACCGAAGCUUAUAACCAAAACACUAACACAAAGGGAAUGGCAGCGUCUUCCCAAUCAGCAGUCCUGUCAGAUGAGGGCUCUUCGUACCGUUCCUUUGAGGAGCUCCGCGGUGAUCCAACUAUCGCCGUUGUCUUCUCAGCUGCCGCUAAGCGUCUCUUUUGGCCCCUUGAUGGCGUCUUCCCUACUGCCCUCUCUGUUAUGAAAACGCCCCGCAGCGCUAACGAUCUUGAGCCGUACUUCCAACAGACCCUUGCUGGCGGCAUCUGGCAUGAGAUUGCGCAGCUGCCUCUGACCCAGCCUAAGGUCUCGUUGGUCGAGGCGUCUGUCUACGACCUAGAGCAGUGGGAGUUCAACUGGGUAGCGUGGCACACGCACCACGAGGGGGAGCCAGCUAACCCGGAGUAUGUCACGUAUGGCGAUCUGAGCGAUAAGGAUAGGCCCUACGCGGCGGAGCCUAAGGAGGACGGCAGCUGGGAGGAGGACUCGGACACGGAGUUCCUUGUCCGGUGCUGUGGACAGGAUCGACCGCUCCGGAAGAGGGGGCAGAAGCUUGUGGUCACGCCGGCUGCGGGCGGUCACUUUGUCACGAUCCACGACUACGUCAGCGCUGUGCAUCCCUGGCUCAUGGCCUUGCGUCCUGAGAUCUUGCUUGCCAAGACGGUUGCACAGCCUGAGCCGUAUCCUGGGGCGGCGGAAAUGGCGUGGAUGGUGGACCAGGGGCCGGAGCACAAGGUAGAGGCAAAGCAGAGCUGGAUCCAAGCACAUGGGGGUGGCCCGCAGCGUCCUAUACCUGCCUCGACGGCCGCGAUUCUCGCACGGAUACGUGCGAGUCGAAACAGGUGAAUUCGAUGCCUAUGUUCUUUUUUAUCAACUCGGAGUUCAUUCCAUACUGGCCUCAACGCAAAAGAUAUAUUCACUAAACUA